GCUGAAUCCCUUAAUUUUCCAGUUGGAAAUUUCCGACAGGAGAAAAGUAACUGAUAGAAUGGAUACUUGCUCUAUCACCGAUGAGCGCGCAGACGCUAUAGUCAUGGAUUCGCCAAGAACUGAAAGACCUGCAAGGGAGACAUUUCAAAGGUACGUAGCCUUUCGUUCUCUGUUCACCUCAAAGAAAAAGAACGCUGUUACAUACUGUGAGAUACCGGAGGUGUCACUGUGUCCUCCUGACAGUGUGUGCCCGGAGGCCCAGGCCACUCGGAUCCAAACCGAAGGGGACCAGUCUGACAGCUGCAGCCUCCCCAGACCCUCCUCCUCCACCUCCUCCCAGCUCUACCACCAAGUCUCCCAGGGAUGCACCUACCAUUCACAGCAGCACCGACAAUGUCACUGUUGUGGCCAUCACAAGCCAAUCAAAGGCAAAGCCUGUCUGGAGUCGCAUCCAAUCACUGUGGGUCCUCCUCACACCGACUGCUCGACAAGCGCUGUCAAGACGGGUCGCAGCUGCAGCCCCUCCCAUGUUCCUUCCUGUCACAACGCUGUCCGCUGCCACUGGCUGCACGGUUCCCAUGACGGCGGUGGCACCCAGAAGUCCAAACAGCAUCAUGUGGUCACAGUCAGUUACUCCCAGGUGGUAGUGAGGUAUCCUCUGGCAGUGCUCGUCGGGUGUGCAGCGGCCCUCCUGGGAUGUUCCCUAGCCGGCCUGUUGAUUGGUCCCCUGCCAGACUUCUCUGACCCGCUCAUGGGCUUUGAGCCUCGAGGAACAUACAUCGGGGUGCGACAGUCUGCCUUAGCCAAGCUUCAACAGAACACAGGGCCUGGAAACACACUGUCUCUGAUACCGCAACACCUCAAAGACAAGACAGCUGGGAGCUAUGGAGAUGGUAGCGGAGGGGAUGCCGGUGGGAGCCAGGAACAGUCGUCCAGGCAACGGUCUAAAAGAAUGCUAGACAGGGAUUCGGCCCAAGACACAUUCCUCUGUGAUGCUCCAGGAGAACGCUACGCUCAGCUUGUCUUCCGCUCUGGAAACUCUGCCAGUCUUUGGAGCCUGAAGGCGAUCUACUCCAUGUGCGAGAUGGAGCAGGCCAGGAUUCGUUCACAACCCCACUUCCAAGAUCUCUGCAAGCAACAUAUCCGAUUGGAAGUGGACGGGGCCAUAAUCAGGGGCGGAUGCUGUCCAAGUUGGUCCCUGGGAAACUACUUGGCACUUCUCAGCAAUGCCUCAUCCUGUCUCAGCCUGACCUCUGUGCAAGUGUCAGAGAGUCUGAGCCUACUACGCUAUUGCGCCCCAUACUACCACGAUGGAAGGCUGGUGGCAUAUUGCGCAGAGAGGGGCUCGCAAGGCAACUGUGCAUCCGUGCCGACUCGGUGCAAACACUCUCGUGCCGUAUUCCAGAUAUUGCAUUACCUGGUUGAUAAGGACUUCCUAGGGCCACAGACAAUAGAAUAUCAGGUCCCCUCACUGAAAUAUAGUCUCCUGUUUCUACCGGUUGAAAAAGGAGAUCACUUGAUGGAGAUAUACAUGAACAGCCUUGAAGGUCGUGAGCUUACAUACAAGAACACUACUAUUACAGGAAUGGACCUAGGCAUCAAGCAAAAGCUUUUCAAGUAUUACCUGGCUAGGGACUCUAUCUACCCUGUUCUGGCUGUAGUUUCGCUGUUCCUCACCAUAGCCCUUUAUUUGCAGUCUCUUUUCCUAUCAGCUCUGUCUUUAGUUGCAAUUGUGGGUUCUCUCUUGACUUCCUAUUUCUUCUACAAAGUGGUUUUUCAGCUGACAUUCUUCCCUUUCCUCAACUUAGCUUCAGCUUUCAUCCUGUUUGGUAGUUGUUCUAACCACGCCUUCACUUUCAUUGAUUUCUGGAAUCUACAACUAUCCCAGAAUCCACCCGUUUCUCUAGAGAUAAGAGUCAAUAGAGUUCUCCAAGAGGUUGGAUAUUUGAUAUUGGCAUCAGGCCUGACUUCUAGUGCCACGUUCUUCUCUGGGUUCCUGAGCAGCAUCACGGCAGUCAGAUGCUUUGCUGUGUACCUGGGAACGGCUUCCUUAAUCUGUACUUUUUCUGCCCUUGCGUGGCUGCCCAGCUCGCUCAUAUUACGCGAGCGCUACACUGUGCCUGCCUCAGCCUCUGUUACUGCACAGGCAUGGAAGCCUUGCUGCACGAAAAAUAUUGGCGGGUUCUGGGACACAAGCUCACGAAAGCGGUGCCUCUUCACCUUGGGUCAGAAGCUACGAGGGUUGAAACGAGGACUGUCCGACACCUCCAAUUUACUUUUCCUAAAAAUCCUCCCAUGUGGAGUGGUUAAGUUCAGAUACAUUUGGGUCUGCUGGUUCGCAGUGUUGGCCGCAGGAGGAACAUACAUCUCAGUUGUAGACCCUGGUAUGAGACUACCCACUUUAGACAACAGGGCAACUCAGUUAUUCCGCUCUAGCCAUCCCUUUGAAAGAUAUGACGCUGAAUAUCGCCACCAAUUCAUGUUUGAACGGCUGGUGAACGGGGAGGACAAGCUCAUUACAUUGACUCUUGUUUGGGGAGUCAUCCCAACCGAUAACGGCAAUCACUUUGAUCCGAAAAGCAACGGAUCUUUAGUUAUGGAUCCAGAGUUUAACAUGAGUAGCCCAGGGGCUCAGGUGUGGUUGAGAGACUUGUGCGGAAGAGUUCAAAACCAAAGUUUUUAUUUACCGUCAUCAUCAUCAUCUGAAAACGAAGGCUCAACAGACAACGUCUGUAUUGUCGAGCAACUCAUACACUGGGUGUCUAUUCGACGAUGCUCAGAGAGUGAGGACGCCUUACAGUUUUGCUGCAACAAUAUUCCCUUUCCUUACCCACCGGGUGUUUUUGAACAAUGCCUGAGCAUGAUGGUGGCCGAGCGGCAUGCAGAGGGCUAUGUGUCCGAGGUUGGAGGCCUACAUUUUGAGGCAGAUGGUCGAAUAGCAGCCCUGGUAAUGGUAUUUAGAACUACGCACCGCUAUAGCUACAACUUUAGUCACACCACCCUUUUCUAUAAUGAUAUUGUGUCAUGGUUUAAUGGUGAAAUGUCUGGGGCACCACUGGGACUAAAGGAAGGGUGGUUUGUGAGCCAGUUGACACUAUUUGACUUGCAACAAUGUCUAAGCUCAGAAACCCUUGUGGUCACUGGGUUCUCUGUAGCUCUAGCAUUUGUCUUGCUUCUUCUGACUACAUGGAAUAUUCCACUGAGUAUUUAUGGCGCUGCUGCUGUUGGAGGAAGUGUUUUUGUCACCAUCGGCCUCCUGGUCCUUCUAGAAUGGCAGCUUAGUGGUGUGGAGGCACUCUUCAUAUCAGCUGCUGCUGGGCUGUCUGUAGACUUUUUAGCCAACUACUGCAUAUCAUAUAAUUCAGCUCCACACUCUGAUAGAAUUGGAAGAGUUGCACAUUCUCUGAAAAGAAUGAGCUGUCCUGUAGCAAUAGGAUCCGGGGCCUUCUGCUGUGUGGGCAUCGCAAUGCUCCCUACUACUGCCUUGUUGUUCAGAAAGCUGGGGAUUUUCUUAUUUCUGGUGAAAUGUGUAGCAUGUGGAUUUGCCACUUUCUUUUUCCAAUCCCUAUGCUGCUUUUUCGGUCCUCAAAAGAACUGUGGGAAAAUAAUGUUGCCAUGUUCAUCUGAACCGGGGACUGAAAGUCUACCCUCCUGCUCAGCAGCAGAACCUAGGUCCUCGACCUGCGCAGCAAACGGAGCUUUUGGAAGAUCAAGAGUUCGAAGGAAUUUCAAUAAAGACGAGGGUAAUUACCUUUACCCGAACCAUCAGCGUCAAAGACAGCGACAGGUAGAGGGCGGAAGGGAACCCGAGCAGUAUGAGCUUCAGCCAUUGGCCUGUCAGCUGAGUGACAGCUUUGAGAACAGCACGUGUACUAGUAAGCUCUCCAACAGACCCUCGGUUCUCUCCGAUGACAUCCAGUUCGGUGGACUGAGUCCCAGGAGGGAUGUGGAGAGGAGCAACAUUGAGGCAGAUAGUGAAGAGCUCUGUGGGAGGCACCACAAAGGCUGUCACCCACCCCCAGCUUUGCAGACCUCUUCCCCAUAUAAAGAAAACACCCUAAGGCCUGUAGUAGCUCCUCAAGGUGACCUGGCUAAGGAAAGGCUCUUGUGCAAGACGUGCAGAGGACAGUCUUCUGGCAUCAAGCACUGGAACGUAUCGCUGUCCUCUUCCUCAAGCAUGGAGGACACCAUCAUUAGUCAAACAAUAGAAACAAUUUACCAGCCGUCCCUCUCAAAGGAAGAGGCCCCUAAUAGCACCUUUAAGCAUCACCCUCACAAACGCCUCCUGUCAUCUCAGAGUUCAUUUGACGGGCUAGAGGAUUCCAAUGAGACUUGCCUGAGUGACAUUGAACCUGGACCCUCAAACCAACAGACUUCGAUUGAAGCAGAGGGAGAACUGGAACCACAACCAGGGCACCUUAACGGAAAGAGAGACACCCUACGUCUCUCCCUGAGAGAGACCACGUAUGAGACAGCCUCUCCGGGGUGUGGGAGGGGCCGUACGAGCCAGAGUGAAGGACCAGUGAUGUUGCCAAACAGUAAACCAGAUUUGCCUGAUGUAUGGAUCAAACGAGAUGGGCAGAGGGAAGAUACAAGCUGAAUUAGAUUUCAAAAGAUAUGUCUAAUCUAAGCAUGCAGAAGUGUUCGGUUCAUCAUCAGUCAGCUUGAUUAGCUCAGUCAGAAACGGCAGAAUG